CGCCCUCAGAAUUUCCAUUCCAUUUCUGCACAAUUUUUUACCUCCUUCGCUCCUCCCCAACCCCAACCCUCCCCUUUCCGUUACUCUUCUCCACCGCCCCGCUCCGGAGCCCCACGCCAUGCUGACCCCGCGCGUCCUCAGGCUCUCGCUGCUCCGCCGCCUCCGCGCGGCCGCCGAGCUUGCUCCGCCGUUCCGGCCCCGGGUGCUCCCUGCACGGGGUUACCAAUCGAGAGGUUAUUCUAGUAGUGGAAGCUCCAAGUAUGACAGGCCAAUGAGACAGUUUUCCGAACAGAAUGAAUCAAGUCCCCAGCCAUUGAUAUACUACAUUGCUCCAUCAGCUCUGCUAUGUUUUGCUGGACUAGCUGCUUUUGUUCAUUACAACGAUGAGAGGCGUGCAGUUCCCUUAGCUAAAGGAGGAGCACAGACUAGUGUUCCCAAAAGGUGUACUACCAAUAGACCUGCAAUAGGAGGACCAUUUAAGCUAUAUGAUACAGAAAACAAUGUGGUGACUGAAUCAAAGCUUCGAGGAAACUGGACUCUGAUGUACUUUGGCUAUACAUCAUGCCCAGAUGUGGGGCCAGCAGAAGUUCAGAAGAUAGCUGACGUCAUUAAGCUGUUAGAGUCGAAGUAUGGUAUCAAGAUUACACCACUCUUUAUCACAAUUGAUCCUCAACGUGAUUCACCUGCUCAGCUUAAGGCAUACCUAAGUGAGUUUGACCCGAGAAUAGUAGGACUAACAGGUCCCAUCAGUGCAGUAAGACAGAUUGCACAGGAAUACCGUGUUUUCUUUAAAAGGGUGGAGGAAGUUGGUCAGGAUUAUCUUGUAGAAAGCUCCCAUAACAUGUACUUGCUAGAUCCAUGCUUGGAGACAGUAAGAUGCUUUGGAGUCGAGUAUGAGGCAUCAGAUCUUGCUGAGGCGAUAACAAUGGAGGUCAAGAAAGCAUCUGCUUCAUCAACGAAUUAGUCUUGCGCUAAUUCUGCAGGGCCCAACAUGGCAGUAUCAGCAGUCCCUCUAAUCUUUGCUUCAAAGCAUCUCCUCGCCCUCACGAAAGGGGUCACGGUGGACCUUCCAUUCAGCUUCGCCUUGAUUCACAACCAAUGCAAGCUCCCAUUUCUCCCGCUUGAUGUCUAAGAUCUGAGCUCAACUGUACAGAAUGGCACUCUUUUAUGCGAUGAAGUCUCAUCCGAGUUACAAAUCACUUGCAACUACAAUUUUGUGACCGGCGGAUGAUCUCACAGUACACCGCGCAUUGAUCUGCUGCCCUGGACGUGGCAAAUGACCUGCUGCUUGCAGGUUCUGUAGCAAGGUUCAUGAACCGGCUUCUUUAUUCUUCCCUUUGGACGCUGAACAGGUAAACGAUGCGAGGCUUUA